UCUGGAUUCGGUCACACUGCCUAUUCCGCUUUUUACCUACCGCGGCGCCAUUCCCAGUACCUAAUUGAAAUAGGCUAGUUUGUUUACUUAGAGGCACAUUUAAGAGAAUCCAGGACAAUGAGGACGGAGGCAGCAGUCAGUUGUUUCCUGCUGGUACUCCACAGCGUCUGUUGCCAAAGUGACAGCGAGGAGAACUGGAUUGAUCCGCAUCCCAAUUGGUCAAACCUAGUCCAAGAUUUCAAUCAGCCAGAUGGUUCCUGCCAGUGUCCUGCGAUUCCGGAGCGAUCUCCGGCCGCCGUAGAGGAUGCCUUAGCUUUUACCUACUUCAGAAAGUUCGUCAAUAUACUGUUUCAACGCAAGCGAUUACAGUUCGAUGCUGAAUCGGCGCUCCACAAGCGAUCGUUGCUAUUCUCGCUGCGGACAUCCCAACUGGAGGAACUGGAGAGGGUGCAAGAUGUCCGGGAUCUGGACGUUUUGCUGACCAAAAUACUGGAGAGUGUCGAGGAAGCUCCUUUGUUUGAGGGCAAGUCCGGAUGCUCCUAUGCCCGGCAGGGAGUGCUCUCCAUAUUGGCGGAUAUUUUGAAGGACAUCGUAGCACUUACGAAAAUUUCUGAGGUGCAAUUUAUACUAUUUGCAGUAUUAGCCACCGCAAUUGGAUGCCUUGUGCACAAACGUUUCCGUAUCCGGUUAAUUUCAAUUGUUCUGGGCGGUAUUUUUCUAUGUGGAUAUAUUCACACUUACUUAGAGUGCAACAGAAAGUUAGAUGUCGAAGCCAUGAUGGAAGUUAUGAAAAGUCACCAGGAACCAAAGAGCUACGCGGAAAUGUCCUGGUUCGGUCGACUUAAAGGCUUUGUAUUCCAAGCUUCGUUACAGGAUCAGCAAAUAGAAAUGCUGAAAAAAUCUUCAAAGCUCAAUCUUUCAAUCUGCAUGCCAGAUCACGUAUUCUUUAUGUAUAUGAACAACCUGUUUCUUAAGCAGUUAGAAAUGUUGUUGGAAAAAGUGUCUGAAACUAUGCAAAAACUGUCCUAUGGAUUGUCAUUCCCUUUCAACCUCCUUGCCCCGCUCCUCUUAGUGGCUUUGGUGGGCUACAUUAUAAAGCUAACCUUUAAAUACAUCAUAAGCCCAAAAGCAUGGGCAUCCCUUAUCCACAGCAAUCCCGCCCCGGUUGGAGCCCAAGCGGCACAUCAAGCUAUUGCUGGUCGAGAGGCAGUUGGGGAUUGUAUAUCGGGCGAGAACUUGAAAAUGCUGUUAAAUGUAAUGAACGUGUCGAGUGUUCAGCAGCAGUCAAAACAAACGCAACCUCAGCUCGCCGUUUCGGGGGUCGAGGAGCUGGUAGAAGCUCCUCCCUCACCGCAGAAAAACGAAAAUCUAGAUGUAAGCGAUUCUAGCAGCAAAAGCAGGAAAAGCGUUGUGGAGGAAGAAGGAUUCACGCUGGUCGACGAUCACGAAGAUGAUCACAUCGAUAAUGUGUAGCAGCAGCUGCAAACUUAAUUUGUAUUAAUGUAAAUAAUAAUGUCCGUGAUUUUUACCAAGUCAGAGUCCGUAAAUGAUUGGCAAAUAAUUCAAUUUUCUGCUUGAUUUGUCAUAGUUAAAUUUUUAUUUAAAUUAUUUUGCAUGUUCUUAUUCUCAUUUGCACGAUAAAUGUUAUUAAGAUAAAUCUUCAACAAUAAGAUCUUUUAAGUAGGCCACCAAACUGUUUAUAUUUUUCUUGUUAUUAUUACGCCGGCCUUUCAAAAAAUCGGAUAUAAUUUCUAUGUAACUUGUUGAUCCUUUAUAUUUACAACUUGGCGCUCAGGCGAUUAUUUUAUAUUAUUAGCAGUGGGCGCUCUGUGUGAGUUGCAUAUUAAUUGAAUGUAAGCGAUAAUUAAUUAUUCGGUUUUCAAAUCUUGUAAAAUCUAAUUCAAUAUGUAUACAACUAAUAUAUUUAUAUAUCUAUGUAUAUAGAUCUAUAUGCUGUGUGUAUAUAUUUGUAAGAAAAAUUAGAAAAGAAUUUCGGUGUAAAUAUAUUCAUUCGUUGUAUUUUAAA